UUUGCAACAACCUAUACACCUUUUGGGGGGUUUAUGGGUUUGGCCCACCCACCACUGCAGUUUAACCAAACUAAACACAUAUCAACAAACAAAAACAAAACAAAUGUGUGUGUAUAUGGUGGUAGGUAAAGGAUCGCGAGAGGCAGGAGACCACUCCACGCUCUUCUCCCCUUCUCCUAUAACAAUUAUUAUCAACACACUCUCUCCUUUCUCUUCAUCACCACCACACUCUCUCAAUUGCAAACAUGAGAACUCUCCUACCUUCCUCUCCUCACAACCCCAUGCUCCAAUCUCCUACGACCCCCUCCUCACGCAGACGCUUCAUCCACUGCGCCAAAAGAUCCGACUCUUCCCCCAUCGGCUCAAGCAGAUCAGAUUGGCAAAGCUCCUGCGCCAUUCUCUCCAGCAAAGUCGUUUCCCAGGAACAAGCCGCCGUUAACGGCCACACUAACGGCUCCGUCAAUCUCGUCCCCUUCGACGACAAAUCGUUAACUCCUCCGAACAAGAAAACGACGCCGACGCCGCUUAGCAUCACCGAUCUAUCUCCCGCUCCGAUGCACGGAUCCAAUCUCCGAGUCGCCUACCAAGGCGUCCCCGGCGCGUACUCCGAAGCCGCCGCCGGUAAAGCCUACCCUAACUGCCAAGCCAUCCCUUGCGACCAGUUCGAAGUCGCGUUUCAAGCCGUUGAGCUCUGGAUCGCGGAUCGCGCGGUUUUACCGGUCGAGAACUCUCUAGGAGGCUCGAUUCAUCGCAACUACGACCUCCUCCUCCGUCACCGCCUCCACAUCGUCGGCGAGGUUCAGCUCCCCGUUCACCACUGCCUCCUCGCUCUCCCCGGCGUCCGCAAGGAGUUUCUCACGCGCGUCAUCUCCCACCCGCAGGGACUCGCGCAGUGCGAGCACACGCUCACCAAGCUCGGCCUCAACGUCGCGCGUGAGGCCGUCGACGACACCGCCGGAGCCGCGGAGUUCAUCGCCGCGAAUAACGUCCGGGACACGGCCGCGAUCGCGAGCGCACGCGCCGCGGAGAUCUACGGGCUGGAGGUGCUCGCGGACGGGAUCCAGGACGACGCGAGUAACGUCACGCGGUUCGUGAUGCUGGCGCGUGAGCCGAUUAUCCCCAGGACGGAUCGGCCGUUCAAGACGAGUAUUGUGUUCGCGCACGAGAAAGGCACGUGCGUGCUUUUUAAAGUGCUCUCGGCUUUCGCGUUUAGGAAUAUUAGCUUGACCAAGAUUGAGUCGAGGCCUAACCAUAAUGUUCCCAUUAGGCUUGUUGAUGAGGCCAACGUUGGCACGGCCAAGCAUUUCGAGUAUAUGUUUUAUGUUGAUUUCGAGGCGUCGAUGGCGGAGCCGCGUGCGCAGAACGCGCUCUCUGAGGUGCAGGAGUUUACGUCUUUCUUACGUGUCUUGGGGAGUUAUCCCAUGGAUAUGACUUCUUGGUCGCCUUCUUCUUCGUCCUCAUCGUCGUCUACUUUUUCAUUGUAAUACUUACUAUAUAGUCAACACCACGUAAAAUCAUUGGGAAUAAAGUUUAUUUUGGAAUUCAUAAAGAAGUUUUUGGGUGUUUUGUUUUUGGUUUAAUUUUAUUUUAGCUCAUUGUAGUAACUUGUCAUUUUUCACUUUAUUGGUUGGUUAGAUAAAUUUUCUGUUAUGAGGAGUGCACAUGUUGACUAGUGAGUGGGAUUUAAAGUGUUGUGUGGUUAUCAGGUUAUGUCAAGUUGUCAAAUAAUAUUUUAAACAGUUCCC